AUGGGAAACAAAAUAUCUACAGAAGAUCACAUCUUUCGUUUGAAAUUAAAAACUAAAGAACUAGAAAAAUUAUCAAAUAGAUCAGAACUAGAAGAAAAGAAACUAAUAACGGAUGUAAAAAAAGCAAUACAAGCAGGAAAAAUUGACAUCGCAAGAAUAUAUGCGGAGAAAUGCAUAAGAAAAAAAAAUGAAAAAAUUAAUUAUCUAAAUUUAAGUAAUAAACUAGAUGUCCUUGUAUCAAGAUUAGAAGGGGCCCACAGAUGUGCAUCGCUAGUUAAAGACGUCGGUGUUAUGAUUCCCUUAAUACAGAAAAUAAACGCAGAGACUAAUGCAGUUAAAAUAGGGAAUGAUAGUAUUAGUUCUGACCUAAUAAACGACACCGUUCAAACCUCCUCUGCUAUUAAUGCACCAACAGAAGAGGUGGAUGAAUUAAUAUCAAAAAUAGCAGAUGAACAUGCCAUUAAAUUAGAUGGACAAAUAGGCCCCGUUAGUUCUAUUAAUAAGCAUUUAGAAGAAAUAUCUAAUAUGAGUGAAAGAAUAAAAAAUUUAAAAUAA